AUGGCUGGGAUAUACAGCUCUACUCUGAAGACCCUGGAGGAUUUAACCUUAGACUCUGGUUAUGGGGCAGGGGAUUCCUGCAGAUCCCUUAGUCUCUCUUCUUCUAAGUCUAACUCCCAAGCCUUCACAUCAUCUCAGCACAGGGGCAACUGGUGGUACUAUUCAGGCUCCAUGAAUAGUAGGAAUAACAGCUGGGAUACAGUGAACACUGUUCUGCCAGAAGACCCCGAAGUUGCAGACAUCUUUUCCAAGUGUCCUAAACUGCCAGAUCUAGAGGAAUUCCCUUGGACCGAUGAAGACAUUGGGAAAAUACUCAGAAAAGGAAAGGGGGAAGGAAAUACCAGAAACUUUUCUCAGGAAGCUGUCAGGAGACUCUCUCAGCUACUUAGGAGAGCCCUGAUCAGGAUCUCCAGGGAGGCCCAACGUCUGAGUGUGAUGCAUUCCAAAUGCACUAGAUUUGAGGUCCAAAGUGCCAUCAAGCUCAUCCAGAGCUGGUCAUUGUCAGAAAGCUGUGUCCUGGCUACUGUCAAGGCUCUUUCCCUGUACAGCAUGAGUGCAGGAGAUGGAUUGAGGAAAGGCAAGUCCUCCCGAUGUGGCCUCACCUUCUCAGUGGGGAGGUUUUUCAGGUGGAUGGUGGACACUAGGAUCUCGGUAAGGAUUCAUGAGUAUGCAGCUAUCUCUUUGACGUCUUGUUUGGAGAAUCUGGUGGAAGAAAUCAAAGGCAGGGUUCUAGCGAGUCAGAGCCCAGAUGGAGGAGGAGUGGGGGAGAUCUCCUCUGAAAUCCUUGAGAUGGUCAUCAACAAUGAUGCUGAACUUUGGGGAGUACUGCAGCCUUACGAGCAUCUCAUCUGUGGGAAAAAUGCUAAUGGUAACCUCUGCCUGCCUGCCUGCCUGAGUAUGAACAGAGAAACAGGGAGAUCUAAUAAUGAUGGACGGGCCGAUGCUUAUGCCCAGCUGGAGCUCCGAACCUUGGAACAGUCUCUCUUGGCAACUUGUGUUGGAAGCAUCUCAGAACUAAGUGACUUGGUAUCGCGAGCAAUGCACCACAUGCAAUGUUUGACCACCCUCCGCCCCGGCAUGAGCCCUAUCCGGCAAACCAGGCAACAGCAGCCCAUUACCUGGUCUCCUGAUGCCCUCCAUACCCUCUACUACUUCCUACGCUGUCCUCAGAUGGAGUCCAUGGAGAACCCCAACCUGGAUCCGCCAAGGAUGACCCUGAACAAUGAACGGCCCUUCAUGCUUCUGCCCCCGCUGAUGGAGUGGAUGCGAGUGGCUAUCACCUACGCUGAGCAUCGGCGCAGUUUAACUGUGGACAGUGAUGAUAUCAGGCAGACGGCCAGGCUGCUCUUACCAGGACUGGAUUGCGAACCACGGCAGCUGAAGCCUGAAUGCUGUUUUAGCUCCUUCCGAAGACUGGACGCUAAGGCUGCUACUGAAAAAUUCCAGCAGGACCUGGGUUUCCGAAUGUUAAAUUGUGGAAGGACUGAUCUGAUCAACCAAGCUAUAGAGGCGCUGGGACCUGAUGGGGUUAACACAAUGGAUGAUCAGGGUAUGACCCCACUAAUGUACGCCUGUGCUGCUGGAGAUGAAGCCAUGGUCCAGAUGCUGAUUGAUGCUGGAGCAAAUUUGGAUAUACCAGUUCCUGGCAGCAAUCCCCGAUACCCCUCAGUCCAUCCCGACAGCCGGCACUGGACUGCGCUCACCUUUGCUGUUCUACAUGGACACAUCUCCGUAGUUCAGCUGCUCUUGGAUGCUGGUGCCCAUGUUGAGGGCUCCGCCGUUAACAGCGGUGAGGACAACUAUGCUGAGACCCCACUUCAACUGGCUUCAGCAGCAGGGAACUACGAGCUGGUCAGUUUGUUACUGAGCAGGGGCGCAGACCCCCUCCUGAGUAUGCUGGAAGUCAAUGGGAUGUCCUCAUCGCUUCACGAAGACAUGAACUGCUUUAGUCACUCAGCCGCACAUGGGCACAGAAACGUGCUACGCAAGCUCCUGACCCAGCCCCAGCAGUCGAAGGGAGAUGUUCUCUCGCUGGAGGAGAUUUUAGCUGAGGGAGUAGAGAGUGACACCUCCAGCCAGGACAGCUCCAACGAGGGGCAGGUCAGGCUGUGUAAAACCAGGAUGAAGGCCCUGCAGGAGGCUAUGUAUUACAGUGCUGAGCAUGGCUACGUGGACAUCACCAUGGAGCUCAGGGUACUCGGAAUCCCGUGGAAGCUUCAUGUGUGGAUUGAGUCAUUACGGACAACCUUCUACCAGUCUCGCUAUUCCGUCGUGCAGAACCUCUUAAGAGAGUUUGUGACUAUUAAGGAGGAGGACUAUAAUGAAGAGCUGGUUAACGAAGGGCUGCAGCUAAUGUUUGAUAUCCUCAAGACCAGCAAAAAUGAUUCUAUCAACCAGCAGCUUGCAGCCAUCUUCACCCACUGCUACGGCAGCAGUCCUAUACCCAACAUUCCUGAAAUACAAAAGACGUUGCCGGCCCGGCUUGAUCCUCACUUUCUAAACAAUAAAGAAAUGUCUGAUGUAACUUUUCUAGUGGAAGGAAAGCUGUUUUAUGCACACAAAGUCCUGCUGGUUACUGCUUCCAACAGGUUUAAGACUCUGAUGACCAAUAAAACAGAACUAGACAGCCAAGGCAGUAAGACUGUUGAAAUUAGUGAUAUGAAAUACAAUAUUUUCAAGAUGCUGAUGCAGUAUUUAUAUUAUGGAGGAACAGAAUCUAUGGAAAUUCCCACAGCUGAUAUCCUAGAGCUGCUGUCCGCCGCCAGCCUGUUUCAACUGGAUGGCCUCCAAAGACACUGUGAAAUCUUAUGUGCCCAGACCAUCAGCAUGGAGAGCUCUGUUAACAUCUAUAAAUAUGCAAAGAUUCACAGUGCACCUGAACUGGCCUCGUUCUGCGAGGGCUUCUUCCUCAAACACAUGAACUCUCUGCUGGAACAGGACUCGUUCCGACAGCUCAUCUAUGGCAGGAACAGCAAGGUGCAGGGUCUGGACCCUCUGCGGGACCUGCAGACAACACUGGCCAGUCGACUGCAUUCUAUUUACAUCACCUCAAGAGUGUGA